AUGGAUAAACUGACAAGUGUUGUGAGUAUUGCGUCCAACAGCCGGGCGGCCUCGGCGGUGACGGGGGGUGAGGGUGUCUUUGAGGCAAGUGACUCCGAGUCGUUGUGCCCGUCUCUCACAUGGAAGCAGCGGUUGAUUGGCUGUGGAUUAUGUGUCUCUCUCGGCAUGCUCUUUUCGAUCCUCAGUUUUAUUGCAAUUCUUCAAAUGGAUUUGGUUUUCUUUAGCGUUCUUUUCUCUCUCGGUAACAUUGUCUCAAUUAUUGGCCUGUUGUUUCUUGCUGGCCCCACGGCACAAUUGCAGCGCAUGUUUGCCGAAAAAAGAUGGAUAGCAACAACGGUGUACCUUGUGUCCGUUACUCUCACACUUUUAUGCGCAAUCCUGCUACACAACGCCCUGCUGGUGCUGCUGCUGUGUCUGGUACAGUGUGGAGCACUGAUAUGGUACGUAUUGUCGUACAUUCCCUUUGCAAGGAAUGCGGUGAAGGCAUGUUUUGGAAGCGUCAUGCAUCUCUAG